UAUUUCGUUUCAAGAUCAGAGCUAACUAACCAGAACAAAGUGCAGUGUAGUCUAGCACUUGCUGUUGCUCAUACAACACCCAGAAGAAAUUGCCUUUUUCCCUUGCUUUCUUUGUCGCCAAUGGCCUCCUCUAUUGAAUCUAUUUGUACAGAUUCUUUUGUAACCUCCCCACCACAUUGGAAGAAGGCUGCAGAGUCUCUCCAAUCUUCCCAUUUUGAUGAGGUAUGUCAAAUGGUGUCACAAUUUGCCAAUGCUAAAGCUGUUGACAUCCAAGGCACAACCCUUACUGUUGCUCAAGUCACUGCCAUCUCUCGUCGGACCGAAGUUAAGGUUCGCCUUGACGAGGCCGCUGCUCGUGAUCGUGUGGCGAAGAGUGCAGAAUGGGUGGCUGAUAACAUCUCCCGCGGGACUGAUACUUAUGGUGUCACUACUGGCUUUGGUGCCACUUCUCAUAGAAGGACUAAUAAAACUGCCGAUCUUCAGACAGAGCUCAUUCGGUUCCUGAAUGCUGGAGUAAUCGGCAAAGAGAAUCUACCCACCAGUUACUCCAAGGCAGCUAUGCUUGUUCGCGCCAACACCCUAAUGCAAGGUUAUUCUGGCAUUCGCUGGGACAUUCUUGAUUCCAUUUCCAAGCUUAUGAAUGAAAAUUUGAUCCCCAGACUGCCUCUAAGAGGGACUAUUACAGCCUCUGGUGAUCUUGUACCCUUGUCUUACAUUGCUGGCUUGUUAACCGGCCGUCAUAAUUCCAAGGUGGUCACACCUGAAGGUGAAGAGAUUACUGCUACAGAAGCUUUGAACAGAGCUGGGAUUCCAGCUCCUUUCGAGCUACAAGCGAAGGAAGGUUUAGCUCUUGUCAACGGAACUGCAGUUGGCUCAGCGGUAGCUGCUACUGUUUGUUUCGAUGCAAACAUUUUGGCGCUUCUUGCAGAAAUUCUCUCCGCUUUGUUCUGCGAGGUAAUGCAUGGCAAGCCAGAGUACACAGAUCCUCUUACUCAUGAGCUCAAGCAUCAUCCUGGCCAGAUCGAAGCAGCUGCUAUCAUGAAACACUUGUUAGAUGAAAGCGAUUACAUGAAAGAAGCAAAAAUCCGUCACGAGAAAGACCCGCUGACGAAGCCUAAGCAAGAUCGAUAUGCGAUAAGAACUUCACCACAAUGGCUGGGUCCCCAGAUUGAGGUUAUCCGGGCAGCCACUCAUUCGAUUGAGAGGGAAAUCAACUCUGUCAAUGAUAAUCCGCUGAUUGAUGUUGCUCGUGAUCUUGCACUUCACGGGGGGAAUUUCCAAGGAACACCUAUUGGUGUUUCGAUGGACAAUCUCAGGAUUGCUAUUGCAGCAAUAGGAAAGCUGAUGUUUGCUCAGUUCUCGGAACUUGUCUGUGACUACUACAACAAUGGGCUGCCAUCAAAUUUGAGUGGAGGGCCUAAUCCAAGCUUAGACUAUGGAUUGAAAGGAGCAGAAAUCGCCAUGGCUUCAUACUGUUCAGAGCUUCAGUACUUGGCAAAUCCUGUAACUACUCAUGUUCAAAGCGCUGAACAGCACAAUCAAGAUGUGAAUUCUCUUGGCUUGAUUUCAGCAAGAAAAAGCGCUGAAGCCAUUGAGAUCUUGACGCUCAUGUCCUCGACAUUCAUGGUCGGACUUUGCCAGGCAAUUGAUCUAAGGCAUUUGGAGGAGAACAUGAAGGAAGUUGUGAAACAAGUCGUGCGACAAGUAGUAAGAAAAACCCUUUACAUUUCUGAAGAGGGAUCGCUACUCGAAUCGCGUUUCUGCGAGAAAGAACUCCUGCAAGUUGUUCAGCAUCAACCUGUCUUCUCCUAUCUUGACGACCCAACAAAUCCUUCUUAUGCCCUUUUGCCUAAACUGCAAGAAGUAAUUGUUAAAAGAGCACUUAACGAUUCUAAAUCAGGUAAUUCUGAUGAAAAUGCCUUCACAAUAUUCAAGCGGAUACCAGUUUUCAUGGAAGAGUUAAAUUCAAGACUAGGAGAAUAUGUGUCGAAAGCGAGAGAGAAGUUUGACAAAGGAGAAUUUGGCAUUGAAAACCGGAUCAAGAAAUGCAGGACUUAUCCUAUAUAUGAAUUUGUGAGAAGUGAAGUUGGGACCGAGCUUCUCAGUGGAGCAAAGAAAGUGAGUCCUGGAGAGGAUAUUGAGAAAGUUUACGAGGCUGUUAAUGAAGGAAAGUUAGGAGAAGUCUUGUUGAAGUGCUUGACAGAUUGGAAAGAGACAUCAUUUAUUAUGUAGCUGCGAUGUUUAUGUAAUCAUAGGAAAUCUUACAUCAUUCUAUUUGUUCAUACAAUUGUACGAGAUCUAUGUCUGUAUCUGAACUUAAUUAGUAAUAACAAAUCCUCAUUUUCAAAA